AUGGGUAUCCUCCAUUAUCCCGUUUCCGGAGAGAACCAUGGUCCGUUCUCCAGCCGACUUCGCGAUGCCCUUGCUUCCAAAGCCAAGCCUUUCGACCUCUGGAGCGUCCCUGAAUCGGCUUCAGGGCCCCAAGAAGAAGACUGCCCUUAUGACAUGGAGUCGCAGUCCUCUGCGGAACAAACUCCUAUGACAAUGUAUAAAGCCAUGGAGAAUGAAGCAGAUGCUGAUUGGGCGGUAGAGACCCAAACUGUGCCAGAUCACGUACCGGAAGCGGUGCAUCAUGGAGAGACUGGUAGUCCUGUAUCAAUGGACAAGUUUCUGAGGUGUCUCGAAGACUUGAACGCCCGACUCCAGUCCGUAGAAGAACAGCUCGAAAAACAAAACCUCUGGAACGACGAAAUGGACCGAGGCGUGAAAAGGAUGCAGGGCGGGUACCAAGAUAUCUCGGCUCUCAUUGAGGAAGCGGCUACGCUGAAAGAACAACUCAACGCUCCUGGGACUUUAUCUAUCGCUGGAGAUGAUACAUGGAUGACAGGUGUUACUUUUAAUGCGUCCGAAUAG